CUUUAUUUAAAUAUAUUCUCCUCCAUUGCCUAUCUUUACGGCACAUUAUUCCACUUCAUCUUGUUUUACUAUUUCAUUAGUAUUAAUUUUAUUUAUUAUUAUUAUUAUUAUUAAUCAUGCCUGAAAAAUCUUCAACUUCUUCACCAUCCAUAAAUACAUCCACAACAGCAACAACAGCUUCUACUACCACUUCGAAUACCACCAAUAGUAACAAUAAUCAUAGUCCUUCAUCUGUUCUUAUUGGCUUACAAAUCAAAUCUCUCGAACAAAGAACUCAUUCUGUUACACUUCCUCGUAAUUCUUCGGUAUUGGAGCUGAAGAAUGAAAUUCAAGCAACUUUAGAUGUGGACAGCGGCCGACAACGAUUGAUUUUUCAAGGCAAGGUACUCAAAGAUGAUAAGAACUUAAUGGACUAUGCUAAUUUGGACGACGGCAAAGUAAUACAUUUGGUAAUUCGACCUUUGGAUGCACCACAAAAUCCUAUGAAUGAUGAACCACGACCAGCCAAUCGUCGUAUAUUUGGAAAUAGAAAUCGACCUUUCCCCUCUAUAGCAAGCCGACUACCUUUGAUGGAAGGAUACACUUUCAUUACACUGGAUGCUCAUAUAGGCGAUCCUGCUGAUCAUGGAUCGUUCCUCUCUUCUAUUAUGAAUGGUUUGGCUGGAGCGAAUCCUUUUAGUGGAACUCAAAAUGGAAGAAAUACAAGAUCAACUACUGGUUCAAAUACAACAUCCAACAAUGCAAAUAAUGGACGACAUCAAACUUCUACUACGACGAGUAUAUUCCCAAGCUUUUUGACCAGAUCACCAUUUGAAAUUCGACGAUCGCUUGACAAUGCAUCUAACAGGAAUGGCAACAAUAACAAUGAUAACAACAACACAAACAAUAUCAACAAUAACCAAAGCACAACUAACACCUCUUCAGAAUCAAGACAAUCUAUGCAACCACCUCGUCUUCCAUUUCCAUCAUCUGUUGAAAUGCGAUUAGCACGUACUAUGGCCUAUAUUCGCAAUGUUCGAAGUAUUCUAUCAGCUCCUUUAGAACAGCAAAUGAAUCAAAUUCCAUAUACAUCGGCAUCUUCACCUGAUUUUAUUCAAGAAAUUCGAACUACUCUUCGUGGGGAUGGUAACAAUUCGCAGACAACACAAGUUGGUAUGGUGAUGAAUGAAUUGGCCAAUCUUAUGGAACAAGGUACACCUUGGUUACGAGAAACCGCACGGACGUUACAAGAUGAAGGAUCAGCAACAGGGCACGAAGAAAAUGCAGCGUUAUUCCGAAGAGUCCUUCGAGCUGCAAGGGUUAUUCAGGGAAUAAGUUUGAUCAAUCAUUUCUUGGGAUCAGUAUUAGCUAAUGCAGAAAUGGAUGGACGACGUGGUAGGAAUCAAGAAUCAACAUCAUCAUCACCUAUUUUUAACUCUCCUGCAUUUGAAUCAUGGUUGACCCCAGAUACUUCCAGAAACAAUAUAUCAUCGUCAACAACAUCAACAGAAGACACACGUAUGGAAAAUUCAACUGAAGAAGGUCCUUCUACUAAUGGUACAAGUCAAAGAGGAAUCAAACGUAAACGGGAAAAUGAAGAUGAAGCCACUGACAAUAAAGAACAUGGAAAAGGAAAAGGAAAAGAAACCAAGGACAAGACUGAAUAGUAUAGUAUUCCCCCAACAUUAUGUAUUAAUGUAUAUUGUUUAUAUGUUUGACAUUUAUCAUUGUACGUUAUUUUAUUCUACCCUCAUUAUUUUUUUUUUCUUUUAAUUCAUGGGAGACCAUUAGAUAUGUUCCUACCAUCGUUUUUUUUUUUACAACUCUUAUUGGAUUCCGUUAUAGUUUUAUAUUUAUGACCAAAAAACUUCCUCUUUCCCUCCACUUGUAUGUAUAGAAAAAAAAAAUUUCAUCAUUGUUACCACUUCCACCCC